UCACCUCGUACUGCCCCUAAUGCUGCCUACAUCAGGCCGGCUCACAGGAUGCUGCGCCGAGAGACGCCGAGCUCUUCUUUGAGACAACAGGUAUUUGAAAACAACAACAACAACAAAAAUGGUUGGAUUUUUCCAAAUGCUGAGAAAGAAAAAGGAGCUGAUCCCUCUGAUAGGCUUCAUGGCUUUUGCUGCAGCAGGAGCCACCUCUGCUGCCUUCUACUUUCUAUUUACUAAAACUGAUGUCAUUAUGAAUAAGACCAACAAUCCAGAGCCGUGGGAGAGAGUGGACCCAUCGAAACCACAAAAGCUCAUCACCAUCAAUCAGCGGUGGAGACCAGUGGAGACGCUGGAGCUGGUGAAGAGUCUCCAAAAGUAAAAAAGAAAAGGCAGAAAUCUGCUCGAAUGAAGUGUGACCAAGUACCUACCUACCUGCCUACCUUUACCCCCAUCAGUCUAACAGAAUCCUUUCUGCACAAACUAGGACACUUUGACACUCAGUGUGCGGAAAUGCUUCUGUUCCACUGGUGGGAUUUCACCCCUGCUAAACCCACGGACGCCCAUCCUCAACAGUAGAAAAACUAUGGUGACAGAUACUCAUACUCAUACCAGGGAGCUAUAUCUAUAUUCAAUUAGAGGUGAAUGAGGUAAAUGUGACUGCCCCGUUGAUAGUCACACAGUAACCCAGAUGUUCCUACAGUAGAUGUGAAUGUAUGAUAGUGUCUUAAUGUAAAGACACAACGUGUGAUCUAAGAAAAUAAUGUGCUGCACAGUGUCAUUAAAUUAUUGUUAUGAACACAAAAA